GUGUUUGCCAUCACUAUUCACAUAUCAAUGGCUAAGCUGGUUUUGGUCUAUUCUCUGGUUGUUCUUGGCCUAGCAUUAACAAGCAAUGCAGCAACUUACAUGGUAGGUGAUAACUCUGGCUGGGACAUAAGUACUGGCCUUGAUACAUGGGCACAGAGCAAGACAUUUGUCGUUGGGGAUCUUCUAUUGUUUCAAUAUUCAUCAUCCCACAGUCUUGAGGAGGUGAAGAAAGAAGAUUUCGACAGCUGCAACACCACUAAUGUUGCAAGAACAUUCACAAAUGGGAACACAACCGUGCCAUUGACAGAACCUGGGACGAGAUACUUUGUUUGUGGUAACCAGUUACAUUGUCUAGGAGGAAUGAAGCUUCAGGUAAAUGUAGAAGACAACCAAGCAAAUCCACCGAUUGGGGCGCCACAAGCACAGCCAGCAGGGGGUACUCUUACACAACCUUCUUCUAAGAGCAACAAUCCUGCCUCUGUUAUUCCAACUUCAGCGGGGUUUGUCUAUGGGGGAAGGGAUUGUAUUGUGAUGGCUUUUCUUGGUUUUGUGGCUUCCAUGUUCUGGGUGGUGCAAGUUUGAUUAGUAAAUGUUUGUAAUCUUAUUUAUUUAUUUAUUAUUAUUAUUUUA